UGGAUUAAGACUUUUUGAAAAUGUAUUAAAAAAAUUAUUUCACGUUGUAUGCAUUACUUCAUAAAAUUCCUUAGUUUAUUUAUAUAUAUAUAUAUGUAUUAUGUAUGCAAGUGUAACAUAUUAUUAUUAGAUAUUAUCAAUUUAUGCUAACAAUUUUCCAUUGUAACAUCUAAACAAUUAUAGACGUUAAAUGUUAAAAUUACUUGUUAAUGUUCUAUUUGACAUUAUAAAUGAUUUGUAAACAUCUGCCAUAAUUAUAAAUUGUAAUUACACAUUAUUUAUUAAAUGUAAGCAGUUACACCCAAUAUCGCUAAACAAAUAAACAGGUAAACAAUUAUUUUUAUAAACCAUCUUCUUAUUGUUCAAAACACUUUUUCAUAACAAGUGUGACGAUUAUCUUUUACGAAUCUCUCUUUGUCGAUUACAAAUUUUUGUUUCCAUUCCAAACUGUUGUUUCAUUCGUCACUAGUAAAUUACAGACGAUAGUGUGUCGUAAUGGUCGUCUGUUUUGAGAAUUACAACCCUUCCAGCGAUUGUCCAAGAGUUGAAACCUUUUCGCAAUUGAAAAGAAAUUUCGUUGGCUUCUCGGUGAAUAUAAAAGGUGCUUCUAUCUAAGAAAGUAACAGUGCUUCUUCUUCUCUAAAGGAGAAUUAGCAGAUACAUUUCUAAGAUGAUGUCGAGCUUCGGACAUUUCUUCGUUUUAAUUAUCAUUUCGGCUCUCGCGAUGAGAACUUCUUCAAGGACAAUAGAUUCGGCUGAAUUGGUAAACAGAAUUGAAACACCCGCAAUCGUGGCAUACAAUUAUCCCAGUGUGGUAAGAAAUUUCCUUAUUCAUUCAACUCACGCAGGUAUAGUUUUCACUGUAUCGUUUCUCGUGUUCUUUUCUCCUGCUUUUGUUGAAAUUCAGAUUGGACCGAUGCAACGUGAUUUGGACGAUAGUAAUGACGGUAGUAGAAUUUGUCAAAUAGAAUAUCAAGUUACGAAGAAAAUGCCAGGGAAUUGUUUCAAACUGAGUCGUGGAGUAACCGGUUGUGUCUCCGGCGAUUACAUGAACCCUUUCCACCCUGAUUGCUUCUAAACUCUUACGUAAACUUGUAUCAUCUAAUUGAACUUGCCAAGUUCAGAU